AUGGAAGAGAACAAACAACAACAAGAAGAGGAAUUGCUCAUUUUAAGGUCAAUUCUAGGCGAUGCAGUUACUGAUCUAGGCGAUGAAAAUGAUCGAUGUGAAGUCGAUAUUGAAUUUCAGUUACCUUCACCAUUUCUUCUGCGUCUUAUCGACAAUUCUAACGAACUAUGCACACAAAUUCAAAACCUUCCGCCAUUAAUUCUAACGGUGAACUUUCAUGAUCAAUAUCCGUCGUCGACUGAUUCGCCAACAUUCGUUCUGUCAUCGUGUUAUCUUCCUAGACAAUAUUUGGCAAUUAUGUGUCACAAAUUAGAUCAAAUUUGGCAAGAGAAUCUCAGUCAACCGAUUGUCUAUCAAUGGGUUGAAUGUCUCAAGGAACACUUUCUAUCGUCGAAUGAACUUCGUUUAACUACUGAAGAGAUCGAUGACGAAAACGAUGAACCACGAGCAAUGUCCAGUUACGAACCAAAACAAGCGUCAGCUAUCUACGAUCAAUUGAUCGCCCAUAAUCGCGAAAAAGAGGACGAAAAGUUUCUUCUUGAAUAUCAUGAAUGUCCAAUUUGUACAUCAAAUAACAUUCCCGGACGGGAUAUGAUACGCUUACACAAAUGUCAUCACGUAUUCUGUCGACAAUGUCUUCAAGAAUAUGCUGUAUUACAUAUUAAUGCCGGUUCCGUUGAAUGGUUACUUUGCCCUGAUGCUCAGUGUCAAUUAUCUAUGUUACCAUCAGAAAUCAAACUGAUGGUUAAGGAUAAUAGUUUAUAUGAAAAAUAUGAACGAUUGCUGUUGCAGAAAACAUUUGAUCAAAUGUUGGAUAUCGUUUGGUGUCCUAGAUGUCAAAUACCGGUUAUCGCUGGAGGCGAAAAUGACAAUCUGGCUCUUUGUGAACAAUGCCGAUUUCCGUUUUGUAAGAAAUGCAAGAAGACUUAUCAUUCGGAAACUAUGUGUGGCAGAGAACUUGAAAUGGCUUUAUUGAAAGCUCAUCGACGUAAAUUACGUCAAAGUCUUCAAGCUCACAAACUAUCAGCAGAAGAAAGUCAAGAGCUUCUAAAGGAAUUUCUUGCCGUUGCGAAAAUAGAGAACACAACACGUCUGUGUCCUAAUCCACUUUGUCGAACACCUAUUGAGAAAAAUCAAGGAUGCGAUCAUAUGUUUUGUACUCGUUGUCAAAGACAUUUCAAUUGGAGUGACGCGAAAGAUGAAACAGCUGCGACGAAAGCUCUCUUUGACGAUGCCGGACAAAAUGUCGAUCAAAUUCUCAAUUUAAUAUUACGUGAACCAACUGAAGGAGAUCUCGAUUCAAAUGAUUUCGAAUCUUCCACAUUAAAAGUGGUGUCUGGCCUUUUCCUCUCUCGUACUAAAAUGUGUCCAUAUGAAAAAUGUGGCAAAGUUCACGUGAAGUAUGGUGCAAAUAACUACGCUAUUUGUCAAUAUUGCAAACGCGGUUUUUGUUUUCGAUGUCUUCGCCCUUUGAUCAACGACAGAACUCAUUUUGGACGUGCAUGUAAACAGUAUUCAGAUUAA